AACGUGUCGCGUCGCGGAGCGCGGAUAGAACGGGAGUGAACAACGGUGGACGUAUCGUGAGAUAUUCGUUGAGAGUGUGGAUGAAUUAAAGUCACGUUCGUUACUUAGCUACCGAACGACGGAGAUCUCGCAUUAGAGAUACGCCGAUUUUUAAUUUAAUCUCAGCAAUACGUGAACUCGCGUCUCGCGCACGCACCAAGUAACCUAAUCCUUCGAAGAAUAAAAAGAUGAAUAUGUCGAUGUCGCUAGUAUUUUCCGUGUUUCUUGGAAUUGUGUGCGCCGUUACAGCGCUGAAGGAAGGUGAAUGCGAAGUGUGUGUCGCCGUUGUGGACAAAUUUAGUCAAUCAUUAACGACAGACAUUAAAAGUGACCCCAAAAAGAUUGAAGCAAAGUUUCGAGAAUUCUGUAAAGGCACUAAAUCAAAAGAAAAUAGAUUUUGCUAUUAUCUGGGUGGUUUGGAAGAAUCUGCCACUGGUAUCUUAGGUGAACUCAGUAAACCAUUAUCAUGGUCUAUGCCUGCGGACAAGAUAUGUGAGAAAUUAAAGAAGAAAGAUGCUCAAAUAUGUGAUUUGAGAUUUGAGAAACAAAUCGAUCUCAAUACAGUAAAUCUAAAGAAAUUAAAGGUACGUGACUUGAAGAAGAUCUUGAAUGACUGGGAAGAAACAUGUGAUGGAUGUAUAGAAACGGACUUUAUUAAACGAAUUGAAGAGCUCAAACCUAAGUAUUUCAGUGGUAGCUCGAAACAAGAGCUUUGAAGGACUGUCUUCAAUUUAGACAAGCAAUUAUGUUAGUAUGGCUAAAAUUUUUGUUUCUUCAAUCUAUGGAGGAAUUGUUUACAGCAUUUAGGAUGUCUUUAUCCGUGUCUAUAUACGAUUCGCAUUUAGCUUUGUUCUGAAAAAUUUAUCUUUAAUGACAAUUUCUUGAGGUAAAACAUUUAGUUUCUAUUAAAUGGAGUAGAGAUUACUAUACGCGAGAAUUAACAUGAAGCAAACAGUAACAAACAAUGAAAAUUUUGUUACGCAAAAUUUUUUUAUCUGAAUAAGUACAUGUACGUUAGUAAUCUGAUUUCUCUCUGAGGUAGCCAUGCUAAUAAUGGAUCUAUUUUAUCGAAGGUGCUCCAUUUUUAUGACAUCAACAUUUAGGUGUAAAUUAAUAUAUAUAUACAGCGUUUCUAUACGAGAAAUUAUUUUCACAUGUAUUUAUCUUCAUUGCUCUUCCUCAGGUAGUGUAGUAAUACGCAAAUACAUUUGUACGUUAUAUCCGAACGAUAUUUCAUACCAAAACGCAUUGUACGGUGUUAAAUGAUAUAUAUAAGAGAUACUUUAUUCUCAACAUUGUUGUAUAUUAUUAUGAAAUUGGAUUUUUUUUUCAUUUUUCGUAUGCACGAAACAAAAAUGUACAAUUAAACUUGUGAAGUAUCUCUCAUGGCCAGUGUCGAUGAACUAUCUUCAAUGUGCAAGUUUAACAAUGCCAAUUUUUGAGAUAAGAAUUAUUUGUAUCGAUAUACAAGGAUUUUUCCAGUAAAAUGAAACCAAAAAAAGAAACGAAUAAAAGUAUGUACUUGAAGUACAAUAUCCUAAAAUUAAAGAUUAUAAAGAGAUAAAUUGCGCAUAAAUAAUUGUAGAUAAGAUAUUACCGCAUAUCGAAAUGUAUUACUCUGAAAAUUCCAAACUGAAUUAUUUAUUUCGUGAUAAGACUGCGUAAUUACGUUUUCUAUAUUACAUUCGUGAGUCUUGAUACGAGAAGUCAGAAAGAAAUAAAAAAGCAUGUGUGUUG